AUGGCGUCAAGAGUCCUUCUGACUUUCCUAUGGGCCGCCAGCUCAAACGCUGCAUUCAAUGUGCUCUCGGGCUUUGAUGCCUCGAUACAGUUCAAUCUAGGCAUAUCUACAAAUUGCAUGGCCGCUAUAAAUACAACGCUCAACUGCGAUGAGGCCAACGCAAAAAUGGCCGCGAUGGGAAUGGACGAGAACUACUGGUACAGGGAGAAUAUCACUACUCUUUGUACCUCUCAGUGCCGUUCCUCGAUGAGUUCCUGGCUAGGCUUGGUCGAGACAGACUGUGCUACGGAUACGAUUACUCAGGCGGGUAUCGUGAUGCAGGCAAAAGCGAUCCCAUUGCAGUACACGAAUGCUCUCGAUCUCGCGUGCUUGCAAAAUGCUGCUUCAGAAUGGUGUUUCCUCGAGUCGCAGACCUGGGUCGGCAGCGACUACAUCAGGUACCAUCCCGCUAUGUGCUACGUGGACGACCCGCCAGCAGUUUGCGACACGCCUGACUUCGACGUGGACGUCAUUGAUCCCGCGCUUCAGGCCGUUACUGGGCUCUAUGACAAGUCUCUGUACUGUAACGAAUGCUUCCUCAAGGUGUGGAGACAACGGCUUCUGUCACCUUUUCUCACUCCGGGAAACUGGACCGAAUACCGCAUGGAUCAGUUCGACGCAUUGCAAAGAAACUGCACGACAUCGAUGCCGUAUCAGACCUCCGCAAAUACAUUAUAUAUCGGCACACAGAGCGCGACACCAACGCCGACCGACGGGACUCCGACCACGCCUGCCCCUACGGUCACGCCGACAUGCACUGGGCAAGUCGUUCAGCCUCCAUCAACUUUUCUCACGUGUAACGGUUUGGCCGACCAAUACCAUGUCGCUACCGGAGACUUAAAGGUAGCCGCAAAUGAUCCUUUCUGCAGGUUUGAAAAGGCUAUAUGCCUUCCUCUCCCAUGCGAGAUCAAAGUCAUCGAGACAUACGGAGAAACUUGCACGUCGCUUGAGAAGCAAAUCUCGAACUCGACGAACACGGUCACGCAUGAGCAGUUCAUUGGCUGGAAUCCUAGUCUAGAGGGCAGUUGUGAUGGCCUUGCUUUGAAUCAGCGUAUAUGUAUCAGUCCCCCCGGCGGAUUUUGGGUAUCCAACACCACAAUCGUUGGGCCUACGAGUGGUUCUGCGGUUUACCACACUACGGCCACGCCAGUCUGGCCCACCCAAAGCGGCUCAAUUGAAGACUGCGGUGCCUAUCAUGAGGUCGUGGAUGGCGAUACGUGCAACCUAGUUUGUCUCAUUUACGGAAUCACCUUCGCAGCGCUGCGGCGGUUCAACACAUACCUUAACGCCGACUGCACGAACCUCUGGCUCAAGUCUUCGGUCUGCGUUGGCGAAGUCACCCCGGAUCCCGUCUCAACGGACGGCUCCUGUGGUCCGGGUAACAACUUCGCCACCUGCGCAGGCAGCGCCUUCGGAUCGUGCUGCAGCGUCUAUGGCUACUGCGGCGACGGCGACAACUACUGCAGCCCGGGAAUGUGCUACUCUGGCGCAUGCACAGGGUCGCCCACCAGCACCACGAACGGAACCUGUGGGCCCAGUGUGGGCGGAUUGACAUGCGAUAAUCCACGCUUCGGUCCAUGCUGUAGCGUCUACGGCUGGUGCGGCGAAGGGACCGACUUCUGCGCUCCUGAAAACUGUUACUCUGGGCAGUGCGACCCGGAGCUUGGCGGCCCUUCGAUCAAUGGAGAGUGUGGGCCGCUCUUCCAGGGCAACAAGACGUGCACCGGGACGCAGUUCGGCGCUUGCUGUAGCCAGUACGGAUACUGCGGGAAUGGCGACGACUACUGCAAGGGCGAGAAUUGCUAUUCAGGGGCAUGUACGACUUAA